CCAAUACGAAUCCCAUCCGGUCGGAGCUGUGCAGCCUCCCGUCAUGAUUUUGCAUAGGGGAAGUGGCAGAGAGGGAAACGUUUCGUCCAACAUGCAGCCCAUGGUCCCUGGAAGGAGGAGUCACAGCUGGAAUCCCCAUGACAUCACCGAGCUUUAAAAGCGAGCUUCCAGCAUCAUUUCCUCCUCUUUGCCUGGAGCUCUCCGUAGGCUGCAUUGGCAUUGGUGUCUUGAUGUCACUGGCCAAGUAAAACACUACAUCUUUGAAGAAGCCCUGGAUCAAAAGUGAAGUAUGUCUGUUGUCUGUGACUGUAUGCUGGCCAAAAAGAAGACUAGCCGCCUGAACCUGACAGCAUGAGUUCCUGCAGAAAUAAUCUGAGAAUAGAUUCCCCAACAAGAGACAGUGUCUCUGAUUACAUCAAUGAAGAGUUUUUUUUCCCACUGCCUGAAGAAGACAGCAUUGAAACCGCAGCUACUUGUACUGAACAAGCAACCAGUUGCGGGCAACUGGCCACUUCAACCACUAGACGGAGAACACCGACCACACAACUCACUCGCCCAUCGGACGUGCUCAACCAUCCACUGUUCAUAAGAACAGUGGAUGGUUGUGUCUGGGCAGAGAAAAUUAAUUUAGGAUAAAACAAUUUAAAUAUUGUUUAUUUGUUUGUGCUUUGCUUUGUUUGUGAUGCUUAACAGAUUGAGUGCUAACAAGCCACUGAGCUUAAUGUAACAAAUUUAUUUUGUAAAGUUGAUAUCAGGUAAAACCUGCGAUGGACUGGCGACCUGUCCAGGGUGUACCCUGCCUCUCGCCCAUAGACUGCUGGAGAUAGGCACCAGCUUCCCCGCGACCAACUAUGGAAUAAGCGGUAGAAAAUGACUGACUGACUGACUGACUGAUAUCAGGUAAAGCGUCACUUUACCGCUGCACUGUGACCUUAUUCCAUUAUAUCUGUUUCCCCUUUAUCUCCUCUCACUAACCUGCAGAAAAUAUGUCCGCAUAGUCCUUAUAAACAUGCUAAAUUUUGUCUCUAAAGCACAGCUAAUGCUAAGGCAAUAGCCAACAUUAGUUCUGCUGAGUGAACAACAAAGCUCGUUCUGUUCACACUGCCAUGGGCCAUAGCACACCGCCACACACAUUAUUACUUGAUUUAGAGGGGUUGCUAAAUAGCAAUGCAGCUUUUUGUUUGUUGUCAGCUAAACCAUUCCAGAUGUGACAUCACUGCACCAUCUAUUCGCCAUCUUAAAUUAAAUCAUCUUUAUUGGUCAUUGCACAUGUACAUUACAAUGAAAUUUGUCCUCUGCAUUUAACCCUUAUAGGGAGCAGUGGGCUGCCAUUAUGCGGUGCCCGGGGAGCAUUCUGGGGCUAAAGGUCUUGCUCAGGACUCAGGGACCCAGAGUGGCAGUCUCUGGGAUACGAACCCGGCCCCUUGAGUCCCCUCCGGAACGCAAACCUCCUGUUCUAACCACUAGGCCCCCACUCCCUCAUUUUGGUGUACCCUGUCUCUCACCUAGUGACCCCUGGAGAUGGGCACCGGCCCCCACCACCCUGCAAGUACAGACAACAAAUGGAUAAGUGAACAUGCUUCAGAAAAGGCAGAAGAUGGCGACAGGAACUAUGUGGGAAGGAGGUGGCCAGGGGUUGGCUCUGUUUGUUUGGCAACCUUAUCUGUUAAUGAUCAAUGUCUGGUUGGAGCACUGAACAGCAUACAAGUUUCGACUAUCUGACCCACGCUUUGUUAGAAUGUUCAAAAACAGCAGGGAGGUCACCAUCCCCAGUAAGUUUUUUUAUUCUCACAACAGCGGAUUGUUCCGAAAAAAAGCUGCUGCAAGCAACUUUUCCCUGCAUAUUUCCCCCCCUACCAGAACAUGUCGUUGACCAACACAAAGACGGGCUUUUCUGUAAAGGACAUUUUGGACCUUCCUGACACGAAUGACGAGGACGGAUCUAUCACCGGAGCGGAGGAAGACACGGAGGGAUCGGAGACCGCAUCCACGACGAAAAACACUGGAGUUUUGGUGCAAAGUCCUCUAGAAAACGUUCAAAAUCUGCCUUUAAAGAACCCCUUUUAUGACAGUACUGACAAUCCCUACACGCGAUGGCUUGCUACUACGGACAGCAUUCAAUACUCAUUGCACGGUCUGUCCGCCAGCUCCCAGGACUCGGCCAAGUCCCCGGAGCCGUCCGCGGACGACGAGUCCCCAGACAACGACAAGGAAACGUCCAGCAGCGGCGGCAGCGACUCCGGCAAGAAGCGGAAAAGGAGGGUGUUGUUUUCAAAGGCGCAAACCUACGAGUUGGAGCGCCGCUUCAGGCAGCAGAGGUACCUGUCCGCCCCAGAGAGAGAGCACUUGGCCAGCCUCAUCCGCCUCACGCCGACCCAGGUGAAGAUCUGGUUCCAGAACCACCGGUAUAAGAUGAAGAGAGCCCGGGCAGAGAAAGGUAUGGAAGUGACCCACCUCCCUUCUCCUCGGCGGGUGGCCGUGCCCGUCUUAGUCAGGGAUGGGAAGCCUUGUCACACUCUUAAAGCUCAGGACUUGGCGGCCACUUUUCAGGCCGGGAUCCCCUUCUCGGCGUAUAGCGCUCAAUCGCUCCAACACAUGCAGUAUAACGCGCAGUACAGCGCGGCGGCCGCGCCACAGUUCCCCACAGCACAUCACUUGGUGCAAACGCAACAGUGGACUUGGUGAGAAAAAUUAUAAAGACUUGGCUUGGAGGGUGGGCUGUAGGGAGUUUCACCGCAAAGAAAGAAAAAAAAACAACAACAACAAAAUGAAUAAAAAAACAAAACAAAAAAGACUUUUCAUUUUUGCAGCUUGACUCAUAUAAAUACUACCAUUUUUAUUCGGGGCUCAUGUGUGCGCCGUGUUUACAUGUUUUCGUUAAGAGAACUGGGUCCAAACCUCUCCCUUAUAGAUUUUAUUAAGAAAUGUCAAUGCUCUUCUUGUGACAUAUUUUUUGUAAAGUAUGUUGUGUGUUGGUUGUAGAGAUGUUUUACUUUUUAUUUUAUUUUUUUGUUAAUUUUUAUCCCUUCGUGUUAUUAUCAGCACGUGCGAACCACUUUAUAAUUAUAGAAAAAAAUUUUUAUUUCUUGCUUCUUUUAUGGACCGAAAAAAAAUAUUUAUGGCCAUGAAUAAAAACUGGCAAGUUUUCAGCC